AUGUCGGAUACAGUCAACCCCAUCAUCCCAGGCUUCGCGCCCGAUCCAUCCGUGGUCUUGGUGGACGGCUGGUUCUAUCUUGUCAACUCUAGUUUCCACACUUUCCCCGGUCUACCUAUCUACGCAUCUCAAGAUCUAGUAUCAUGGAAGCAAAUUGGAAAUGCAAUCCAUCGACAGUCCCAGCUCAGCCUCGCAAAGUCACAGGCAAAUAUCUACCCGGUGGAUGAUGGGAAGUUUCUGGUGGGGAGUGGAGGCCUAUACGCGCCCACGAUCCGUCAUCACCAGGGCACAUUCUACGUCGUCUGUACGAAUGUCAUCCGUGCAGAGGGGAAGACUAGGGAUGAGACGGAGAAUUUCAUAGUUUCCACCAAUGAUAUCUGGUCAGGGACAUGGAGCAACCCGGUCUACUUUGAGUUUGAGGGAAUCGACCCCAGCCUUUUGUUCGAUGAUGAUCGAAAUGUUUACCUGCAAGGGUCCGGUGGAAUAGGCCCAGGCACGACGAUCAACCUCUUCGAAAUCGACGUAAAGACUGGUGCAAAACUCUCCGAGGAGAAAACCAUCUGGCGCGGCACUGGUGACAUAUACCCCGAGGGACCGCACUUGUAUAAGCACAAGGGCUGGUAUUACUUGCUCAUCGCAGAGGGCGGCACCCAUGGCGGGCAUAUGGUGACGAUGGCACGCUCUCAGAACGUAUUUGGCCCGUAUGACUCCUGUCCAAACAACCCUAUCCUCACGGCGCGUGGCACUCAAGAGUAUAUCCAGUAUACCGGCCACUGUGAGCUGUUUCAGGACGAAAAUGCCCAAUGGUGGGGAGUCUGCCUUGGGGGGCGCCGAGGGGACCAAGGGAGAUGCCCCAUGGGGCGCGAGACCUUCUUGACCCGGGUGGACUGGGAUGGUGAAUGGCCCGUCUUUGACCAGGUGAAAUUGUACCCCCGCGGCCUUUCAGCAACCUGUUCGAGCUUAAAACUCACGGCAGAAGGUGGGCUGGACUACCUUUACCUUCGAGAUGCUAUCAUGAGCAACUAUCGGCUGGAGAAUAACCAUUCAUCCCUGACAUUGACCGCGUCAUUGGUCGAUUUGUCUCACCCAAGAGAUAGCCCCACCUUCAUUGGCAAGCGACAACGGAACUUAGCCGGUACGAGCUCUGUGGUCCUUGGCGGUAUCAAAGGUUCCUGGAGCUCUGCUAAGAUCCAGGCUGGGCUCGCCUGUUACAAGGAAGAGCACCGCUUCUCCAGGAUCUACUACGAUGCUGCUCAGCAGGCGGUGGUUCACGAACUGGUCAAUGCUGCUAAGAAGAUUGUUCGAACUGAGAAACACACCCUCGGGGAAGUUCCUCGCUCACUGCAUUUCCGGAUAGAGUACACAGAGAAACAGUACUCCCUGCUUUAUUCAUUCCAGCCCCACGUUGGAAAUGACUGGGCAUGCCUGGGAACGGUUGAUACUCUGGAUAUGACUGAUCCCGAUUUCACUGGCCCGAUUAUUGGCGUCUACGCUGUUGGGCAGAUGGAGGGCGUGGAAGUUCAAUUUGAGGACCUAAGUGUGCAAUAA